CUUUUAAUCUUGCAUUUGCUGUGUACUUCGUCGACAUCAGCAUCGCCCUGCUCCAUGCGUUCGACAUAAGCCCCUCCAGCGCCUAUUAAACGCUGGCUCGCCCUAUUCCAUUCCUACCAUUUGUGAUUAAUAAACCGCCAUAUCCAUUUUGUCGAUUUGAGUGUCGGGGUUCCCAAUCAUGAGAGUGAUGGCCGACGAGGAGACACUGGUGGCGACCGCUGCCAUCGUUAGGUCACUGGCUGUCUCCCCACAAGAUCCGACCGCUGCUCCCGUUCCUAUUGGCACCAAUUCCCAGAUCAAACUGCCUGGUCGCGAAAGUCAUGCCAAGGAAUCUGUCGAGCGUGAGCUUUCUGCUCUCGUAGUUAGAAUUCAACAACUCGAGGCGAGGGCUAAUGCCACAAACGGCGCGACCUUCCCCGAUACGCCUAACGAGACUGCUGAAUCCCUCUUUGGUGAAGAAUCUCCCAGUCCUCUAGGUCUUAAGUCAGCAGCGCGAUCUCGACUUCCGGUCCUCCCUCCUGCCCGAAAUGGUGCUCCUGUCGAAGAGCGACCCGUUAAAGUCCUUCCUCUCACCAAUGAAGACCUCGAGGGGCUUCAUGAGCAUGUCAUCGACCAGUCCAAGAUACUCGAUAAGCAAAACAAGGAGUUGACUAGUGUUAAUGCUCAGCUCAUCGAGCAAAAACAAUUACAGGAGAAAGCACUUGAAUUAAUUGAAAAGGAACGUGUCGCUGCUCUAGAACGAGAGUUAUGGAAACAUCAAAAGGCCAACGAAGCCUUCCAAAAGGCACUACGUGAAAUUGGUGCAAUUGUCAGCGCCGUCGCACGUGGUGAUCUUACUAUGAAGGUUCGGAUGAACACCGUAGAAAUGGACCCCGAGAUUACGACUUUCAAGCGAACUAUCAAUACUAUGAUGGACCAGCUUCAAGUUUUCGCCAGCGAAGUGUCUCGUGUCGCACGUGAAGUCGGCACAGAUGGAAUUCUCGGUGGCCAAGCUAUGAUCGAAGGUGUCGACGGGACAUGGAAGGAACUCACGGACAAUGUCAAUGUUAUGGCUCAGAACCUCACCGACCAAGUGCGAGAAAUUGCAUCGGUGACGACUGCUGUCGCUCAUGGUGAUCUAACUAAAAAGAUCGAACGUCCCGCCAAUGGUGAAAUUCUUCAGCUCCAACAGACUAUCAAUACUAUGGUUGAACAAUUACGUACUUUUGCAUCCGAAGUCAGUCGUGUCGCCCGAGAUGUGGGUACCGAAGGUAUAUUAGGAGGUCAAGCCGACGUGAUGGGAGUCCAAGGUAUAUGGAAUGAAUUAACGGUAAACGUAAACGCUAUGGCAAACAACCUUACAACUCAAGUGCGCGACAUCGCCAAGGUCACUACUGCAGUCGCCAAGGGAGACCUCACACAGAAAAUCCAAGCCGAGUGCCGGGGAGAGAUCUUCGAGCUCAAGUCUACUAUUAACUCUAUGGUUGAACAACUAUCGCAAUUCGCGCGCGAGGUCAGCAAGAUCGCCAGGGAAGUCGGAACCGAAGGUCGACUCGGUGGUCAAGCUACAGUAAAUGACGUUGAAGGUACCUGGCGCGAUCUCACCGACAAUGUGAACGGUAUGGCCAUGAACUUGACAACUCAGGUGCGAGAGAUCUCCAAGGUCACCACAGCUGUGGCGGCUGGAGACCUAUCGCAAAAGAUUACUGUCGAAGUCAAGGGUGAGAUGCUGAGACUCAAACUCACGAUAAACUCCAUGGUGGAUCGCCUAGGCAAAUUCGCCUUUGAGGUUAGCAAGGUCGCCAGAGAAGUCGGAACCGAUGGAACUCUGGGUGGUCAAGCUCGAGUUGACGAUGUGGAAGGGAAGUGGAAGGACCUCACCGAAAAUGUCAACACCAUGGCUUUGAACCUGACCUCCCAGGUGCGGGGUAUUUCGACUGUUACUCAAGCCAUCGCCGAUGGUGACAUGAGCCAGAAGAUCGAUGUCCAGGCGAAGGGUGAGAUACUCGUAUUAAAGGAAACCAUCAACAACAUGGUGGAUCGCUUGUCAGUAUUCUGUAAUGAAGUGCAACGCGUAGCAAAGGAUGUCGGAGUGGACGGUAAGAUGGGUGGACAGGCAGAUGUUGGAGGUCUAAAGGGCCGAUGGAAGGAGAUCACGGCCGACGUCAACACAAUGGCGACGAAUUUGACCACUCAGGUGCGAGCUUUCGGCGAUAUAACUAACGCUGCUACCGAUGGAAACUUCACCAAAUUAGUUGACGUAGAAGCCUCCGGCGAGAUGGACGAAUUGAAACGCAAGAUCAAUCAGAUGGUGUAUAAUCUACGAGACAGUAUUCAGAGAAACACGCAAGCAAGGGAGGCUGCUGAACAAGCGAACAAGACCAAAUCCGAAUUCUUGGCGAACAUGUCGCACGAGAUCCGAACCCCCAUGAACGGUAUCAUCGGAAUGACCCAAUUAACUCUCGACACCGACCUUACACAAUAUCAGAGAGAAAUGUUGAACAUUGUGAACAACUUGGCCAAUAGUUUGUUGACUAUUAUCGACGACAUUUUGGAUCUGUCGAAAAUUGAGGCUCGAAGGAUGGUGAUAGAAGAAAUCCCGUAUACGUUACGGGGUACCGUCUUCAACGCCCUAAAGACCCUGGCCGUUAAGGCAAACGAGAAGUUCCUAGACCUUACAUAUAGGGUCGAUAGCUCCGUGCCCGACUACGUGGUUGGUGAUUCAUUCCGUCUACGACAAAUCAUUCUUAACCUCGUGGGUAACGCUAUCAAAUUCACCGAGCAUGGCGAGGUACGUUUGACGAUUAGAAAGGCUGAAGGCGCUCCUCCCAAGGACCCGCGCGAAUACGCGAUUGAGUUUGUCGUUUCGGACACGGGAAUAGGAAUUCCGCCCGACAAGCUCGAUCUCAUUUUCGAUACUUUCCAACAAGCAGAUGGGUCGAUGACUCGCAAGUUUGGUGGUACCGGUUUGGGUUUAUCAAUCUCCAAGAGAUUGGUCAACCUAAUGGGCGGUGAUGUCUGGGUCAAGAGUGAAUUCGGUAAAGGUAGCUCGUUCUACUUUACUUGUGUUGUCAAAUUGGCAGAUGGCGAAGUUGCAUCCAUCGAGAAGCAACUAAAGCCCUACAAGGGACAUCAAGUAUUGUUUAUUGACAAGGGUCGCACCCAAUAUGGACGAGAAAUCGUCGUUAUGCUCCAGAGGCUAGGAUUAGUCCCAGUUGUCGUUGACACUGAAGGAAACCCUGGCGCUCCCGGCUCCGACGACCCUCCAUACGAUGUAAUCAUCGUUGAGUCUAUCGAUACUGCUCGCAAAUUAAGAGCCAUCGAAGACUUCAAAUACCUCCCAAUCGUCCUACUAGCUCCGGUGGUCCACGUCAACCUAAAGUCGUGCUUGGACUUAGGUAUUACGUCUUAUAUGACUACGCCUUGCAAGCCAAUCGACUUAGGAAACGGAAUGGUUCCCGCCUUAGAGAACCGUGCUACCCCGUCAUUGGCUGAUAACACGAAAUCUUUCGAAAUCCUACUAGCUGAGGAUAACAGAGUCAAUCAACGACUCGCAGUGAAGAUCCUUGAGAAAUACCACCACGCCGUAACCGUGGUCGGUAACGGUCUAGAGGCAGUGGAAGCUGUCAAGAAAAAGAAGUUCGACGUCAUUCUUAUGGACGUACAAAUGCCAAUAAUGGGUGGAUUCGAGGCUACGAAUAAGAUCCGCGAGUACGAACGAAGUCUUGGUUCGCACAGAACACCGAUUAUUGCCCUUACUGCACACGCUAUGAUGGGAGAUCGGGAGAGAUGUAUUCAAGCCCAAAUGGACGAGUACUUAUCCAAACCUCUACAGCAGAACCACUUGAUACAAACGAUUUUAAAGUGCGCGACACUCGGCGGAGCGCUUCUCGAGAAGAACCGAGAGAGGGAACUACAGCGACAAGCUGAACAGAAGGGGAACAAUGGGAAACCUAACGGGACGCUGAUUAGACCCAGUCUAGAAGGUCGCUCGAUAACGUCAAACGAGCCUAUGAUGGGCACAACGGAGAGCCCGUCUCUUGUCACGGCGAAUCAAGACGAUCCGCUGCAAAGGGCACGUUCAACCCUCUCUGAACCUUGCGUUCAAAAUGACUAACUUGCAGUCAUCUGUUCAGCUCCUCAUCAGAGCUCACAGUAACUGAUCAGUUUCCAAUGCCCAAGAGGCAUAGAGAAACACAUACUCACUUGGAGUCAUGUACUCUUAUCUAUUCGGUACACGUGCCGCAGUCAAGACCAUUCCUGGUCGUUCUCACGAUACCCACGACCUACGAGAAUGCCAUCAGUUCCAAGCAU